AUGUGUGAAAUUUUAAAGUGUGCAAAGAGGCAGCAGCUGUGUGCACGUUGCGGGCUGCGGCUUCUCUACACUGCAAACGUUAUCGGUCAAGCACACGUAGUGGUAUACACAGAUGCCGCGAUAAUGAUGAUGAUGAUGAUGACGGCGAAAGGGGCUUUGGGUUUGCGUCUCAUGCGUGAUCCAUGGAGGUGUCUGUGUGUGUGUGUGUGUGUGUGUGUGCAGUUGAAGUCUUUCGCCAUCCGCCUAGCAGCAAACAACGCAGACAGGCAUGGGCGUUUCCCCUCUCAUCCUUACAUAUACUGA